AUGCAUGCGGCCAGCUACGCGGCGCGCGCGGUCCGCCGGGGCCCUGCCAAACGCAACAAAGUCAAGAACCGAUUCCGCGCCGGAGUUUUCCGCAGGUUUCUGCUGGACACCUUUGGGAGGGAACGCCUGGCGUCGGGCUCAGGCGUGCUGGACAUCGCCGGGGGCAAGGGUGAGCUGGCGUUUGAGUUGGUCAAUCUCAACAACAUCCCAGCCACUGUUGUGGAGCCCCGGCCUCUCAAGCUGGCCAAGCAAGAGCUCUGGCUCAAGGGGGGCUUCUACCACCGGAACAGCAUUUUCCAGCGCUACGUGGACGUCCCAUUAGAAAAGUUCCUGGAAGCCGGAGCCGUAACUCCUCCGCAGCUGCGCAUGGUGGUCAGCGAAGCCCUCUGCGCUGGCAUUGCCGCCGCUGACAUCAGCAGCACUGACAUCAGCGCCGGCGACGUCAGCGCCGGUGACGUCAGCCGCGCCGCCCCGGCCGCCGCUGACAUCAGUGGCACAUCUGGCGCCGCACCAGAAGACCUCAUGGCCGGACACGCUGAUAGCCCAAUGGCUGAUGCUGCAGAGGACAGCAGCGGCCACAGCAGCACUGCAGCCAUCGUGCGGACGGACAGAUGUGGAGAUGAGGGGAGUGAUGAAGGGAGGUCCAACCCCUUGAAGGCAAUGCUGGAGGAGUCCUUCCGCCUGGCAAUGGACACCAGGUGGACGCACAAAGGGGUGGAGCAUGAGGGCAACAGCGCCAGGGUGUUUGCUGAUGUGGCAGCGGAUGACUCAGAAGAUGAGUCAGAGGCGUUCCCUGACACCGACGCAGUCACCACUGAGUCAGCGGAAAUAUUAAAGACAUGCGUGCCUGAUCUGGAGCGGGCGACAGAGGUCAUUGUGGAUUUUGCGCAACGCAUGCGCAAGCCAUUUGCAGUGGUGCCCUGCUGUGUCUACGCGGCCGAAUUUCCCCAGCGGCAGCUGUUGGGGGGCACGCCCGUGCGGACGCACGAUGACCUCAUUGCUUACAUCAUCGCCAGGGACCCGGCGGCCGUGCGCGUGCGCGAGCUCCCGUUCGAGGGCCGCAACAAAGUCGUCUAUGUGGUCGAGUGGAGCGCCAACGACCGUGUCAGCAGCAGUGCGGCUGCCAAUUUGGCGGACGUGGAGUCAAGCUAA